CACACCCUGGACGACAUGCACGCUCUCUCCGCGCACGCGUGUAUUUUUAUUUUCCCUGGUUCUCCAGGGAAACAGACGACACAGACACCAUCACCGCUCCCCCUGGGGCUCAGGCACGACCCCGGGCCCCGGCGGCACUGCCCGGUCCGGCGGCGAGCGGGCUCCGGGGGCGCCUGUGCCGGCCGGGGCAGCGCGGCGUGCCCGGGCUCGCGCCUCCCCUCACGCGGCCGCCGCGGGGCGCCUGUGCGCGGGGCCCGCCCGGCUCCUCCCUCGCGCCGCGGCGGGGACGUGCACGCUCGGCGGGUCAUGGAGGCGGCGCGGCGGCAGCUGCGGGCGGGCGGCGGGGCGCGGGGCCGGCGCGGCGCGGUGCUGCUGCUGCUGCUGGCGGCGGCGGCGGCGCUGGCAGACGAGGCGGAGGAGCCGCGCACGGCACGGCAGCGGGAAGGCGAGCGGUGCCAUUACUACGCCGGGGGUCAGGUCUACCCCGGCGAGGCGGCUCGCGUGCCCGUCUCCGACCACUCGCUUCACCUCAGCCAGGCCAAGAUCUCCAAGCCAGCGCCUUACUGGGAAGGAACGGCAGUCAUUAAUGGAGAGUUUAAAGAGCUGAAGCUGACUGAUUAUGAAGGAAAAUAUCUUGUCUUCUUCUUCUAUCCUCUUGACUUUACAUUUGUAUGUCCAACUGAGAUAAUCGCCUUCAGUGACAGAAUUGAAGAAUUCAGAGCAAUAAAUACUGAGGUGGUAGCAUGUUCUGUGGAUUCAAAGUUCACUCACUUAGCAUGGAUUAAUACUCCUCGAAAACAAGGAGGACUCGGACCUAUAAGGAUUCCACUUCUUUCAGAUUUGACACACCAAAUUUCAAAGGAUUAUGGAGUAUAUCUGGAAGAUCAAGGGCAUACACUUAGAGGCCUUUUCAUUGUUGACGAUAAGAGAAUCCUUCGGCAGAUAACAAUGAAUGACCUUCCUGUUGGGAGAUCGGUGGAUGAAACGCUUCGUUUAGUACAAGCAUUCCAGUACACAGACAAACGUGGAGAAGUUUGCCCUGCUGGUUGGAAACCUGGCAGUGAAACAAUCAAACCAGAGGAAGCCAUGAGAGUGUGGUGGCCAAGGGAAGAACUAUAAUUCCAGAUCCAGCUGGAAAACUGAAGUAUUUUGAUAAACUAAACUGAGGCUCAUUUCCGUUGAAUUCUAUAGGUCACAUUCACUUUCAUUUUUGCCAAUAAAAUUUCAUUAAUUUUGUUACUUUAA